AUGUCUGUACGGAAAAAACUUCGGCUUCUGUUUGAGGAGCCCCAGGUGGGCGGCACGAUCACAGUAGAGCGGGCAGGACCCGAGACGCGGCCCGGCUGCCAAGUCCAGCGAAGCCCAGCGAAGUGGGAGAGCCGCGGGGAGCGAGUUCCGGGCGCUCGGGGACUCAGGCUGGAAGACUGCGUUGUCUAUCAGUGCGGGCGCUGCCGGGUCGUAUUAGGAGACUCGCUCCACUUGUGCGCGCAGGAGGAGAAACUCCGCCUUUUUGUUUGUUUCAAGGUCACAAAAGAUGUUGUUGUGGAAGACAACUUGAUGGUCUGUGUUGAAGGAGACCUCAUUGGUUGUUACUUGCUACAAACUACCGCUACAGUAGAAGCUUCAGAAGUAACCUGUCCUGUUGUGAGCCUAAAGGAACAUGUAGAGAAAUUAAAAGAGAGUCUUAUAAAAGUUCACGUGCGCAUGGACUUGCUAAUUAAGAAACUAGAAGAAUUCAAUCAACAAAAGAUUACAUCCGAAAAGGAGAACUGUAAAGGAAGACCGUAUGAAUGUACAAAUAUAAAGCUGAACGAUUAACUUUUUAGAGUUACCUAUCUCAACUAAUUGUUUUUACAAUUACUUGUGUUUG